AUGCUAGGCAAGGACUCCGUGCAGAGUAAGGAUUCGCUGCAUUCUGUGACGGAUUCGACGGCGGUUGGGUCUGACUCGACUGCGAUGGUGAGUCCCGUCGCGAGUACGAUCGUAAGCGCUGCAGUGGAGCCUAAGUCGGCAGUGGAGCCGAUGUCGGGGCCUGCGGCUGGUAGAUUUGAGCAUCCGUAUCUGACCAAGGUGGAGUCAGUGGAUACUGGUUUGAGUGUCGUCCCGCCACCUACGGUGACGGACCAGAAGCCAGAGUGCCGCCAUUGGGCCGGUGACGCAUAUGCGCAGGCAGUGGUGAAGGAGGCGGAGGUCCCGUUUGUGGAAGAGCGGAUCGUGUACAAAAAAGUGAAGAAGAUCUUGGAGCGACCGGUGGAAGUAGUGCGUACGGUGCGUAAGGAGGUAGUGAAGGAGGUUGUAGAGUUCAAGAAGGUGGUGACGGAUGAGGUGGUGGAAGUGCCAAAGCCGUACACUGUGGAGGUGAGGAAUUUCGUUCCCAAUUAUUUGGAUUCGGAACAGUACUGUGCCGUCGCACAAAAGUACAAACCUCGCGUCUCCUUUGACCCCGAACCCACUGCCAUGAUCAAUUGCACCGUCGUCGAACCCGAAAUGCACGUCGUCGAUGUUGUCGUGCCUAAACUUGUUAGUGGCUACAUUGUCACUAACAGGGGUGAUACCAGACUAAAGCGUGUUGACAGUCUCUCGAAAGCACAGUGGAAUUCACUCGUCCUUAAACUCAACCCCGAGCUAUGCAAGAUCGGACAACUGGAACACCUUCCCGUCCACCGUGACGAACAAGGAAAUGUCAUCGCUUUCAAACCCGAGCAAGCUGUCGGCAUUCCUCUCUAA